GGGAGUGAAAGCUAUCGGUUAUAAAAGUUGUUUGCAAGAUCACCAACCCCUAUAUCGAAGUGGAAGAUAAAAAAAAAGGAAAAAAAGCAGGUAGCUUUGCUGUCUGCAUAUAAAGUGCUAUUUAGCAUUUGGAAACAAGUAUUUAUUUAGUGUCAAAUUAGGGAGACGAGAAGUAUGGGGAAAAUGGGGAGUGAAAUGUUGAUUUAUGUUUUGCUGCUAAUGGCGGGGGUGCUAGCGAGUGGCCAGAGUAGUCAGGUGAAGAUAUGGCCAAUGCCGGCGUCGGUGAGUUACGGCCAUACUCACCUUUACUUGACCAACGAUUUCGGGUUCUCCUCUAACUAUGGGUCUGAAAUACUCAAAGACGCAUUCGACCGGAUGCUUGCUCUCAUCAAACUGGAUCACGUUAUUGAUGCCAAUUUCUCUGCCUUCAACUCUUCAUCUUUGCUCCAGGGUCUGCAUAUCGUUAUUUCCUCUCCAAACGGCCAGCUACAAUACGACGUUGAUGAAUCGUACAAAUUAAUAGUCCCAUCACCGGAAAAACCGGCUUACGCCCAUCUAGAGGCAAAGACAGUUUAUGGCGCUUUACAAGGGCUUCAGACAUUCAGCCAAUUAUGUUAUUUUAGCGUUACAAGCAGGGUCCUUCAAAUUGACAUGUCACCAUGGACUAUUAUUGAUCAGCCAAGAUUUUCUUAUCGAGGCCUCUUGAUUGAUACGUCUCGUCACUAUUUACCUGUGCCAGUUAUUAAGAAGGUUAUUGAUUCUAUGUCCUAUGCAAAGUUGAAUGUAAUGCAUUGGCACAUUGUUGAUACACAAUCUUUCCCCUUGGAGAUACCAUCAUAUCCUAAACUGUGGGAUGGUGCUUAUUCACCCUCAGAGCGAUAUACAGUGGCUGAUGCUGCUGAUAUUGUGAGGCAUGUCUUUCUCCUUUCUUUUCUUUUCUUUUCUUUUCUUUUCUUUUUCCAUAUGAUAAUUAUUGUUUUGAGUACUUCAAUUCUUUUUGAUCUAUUUAUUUUUAAUAUAUGCAGUUAUGCUCAAAAAAGAGGAAUAAAUGUAUUGGCUGAAAUUGAUGUUCCAGGACAUGCUCUCUCAUGGGGGACUGGUUAUCCUUCUUUAUGGCCCUCCAAGGACUGUCAACAGCCACUUGAUGUCAGCAAUGAAUUUACAUUUAAAGUAAUAGACGGAAUUCUCUCAGAUUUCAGCAAGAUCUUUAAUUUUAAAUUUGUUCACUUGGGAGGUGAUGAAGUUAAUACAAGUUGUUGGACAACAACUCCUCGUAUAAGAAAUUGGUUAAAAAAGCGUGGUAUGAAUGAAUCUCAAGCAUAUCAGUACUUUGUCUUGCGAGCACAAAAUAUAGCUUUAUCUCAUGGAUAUGAAAUUAUUAACUGGGAGGAGACCUUCAAUGACUUUGGCAAUAAAUUGAGCCGGAAGACUGUCGUUCACAACUGGCUUGGUGGUGGUGUUGCUCAACGAGUGGUUGCAUCUGGGUUAAGGUGUAUUGUAAGCAACCAGGACAAAUGGUACUUGGACCACUUGGACACUCCAUGGCAGGAAUUCUAUGCGAAUGAGCCGCUUACAAAUAUUACAAACUUAAAGCAACAGAAAUUAGUUAUUGGAGGAGAGGUAUGCAUGUGGGGUGAAACAGUUGAUGGUUCAGAUAUUGAACAAACCAUAUGGCCACGUGCAGCUGCAGCCGCAGAGCGAUUAUGGACACCCUUUGACAAAUUGGCAAAGAAUCCAAGAGAUGUAACUGGAAGGUUAGCACAUUUUAGGUGUUUACUGAAUCAACGAGGAGUUGCAGCUGCUCCGGUAGCUGGACUAGGCCGCGCAGCCCCUGAAGGUCCAGGUUCUUGCUAUAGGCAAUAAUUUGUGGAGCCACUUUUUAAUGAUGAUUACCAAUUGUUAAACAGGUCAUUUCACUUAUUUUUAUAUAUCAUAGAUAUUGAUUAAUAAAAGGCUAGAAAAUUUCAUCAA